CCUAUCAUUGACGUUGUCACUGCAUGAGGAGAAAGGAAAAUCGAAUUUUCUUUCGUGAGUGCUUUUACAUCCAAAGCAGGAUAAUUUUUUGAAGGUUCUUAAACGAUAGUGAUUUCAAGUGCUGGUGAGAACUACUAGUUGACAAGUGACUAUUCUACAAAAAACAUUGGAAGUGCUCGUUAUUUCAAGGAUCUCCACUUUACAAGGUAUGGAUGUCAGCAAUCUACAAAAUGGAUAUUUUUGUAAAUGCUUAUGAGCGCAUUAUCUAAAUCCGUGACAAGUUCCUACAAUUAUCGUUUAGCACACUAACAGCGUCCGUCUAGGCCAAGGGGGCCUCUCGCCGUCAUGUCGUCCGUAAAGGUGGCGGUCCGAGUGCGACCCUUCAACUCGCGCGAAAUUGGACGUGAAUCCAAAUGUAUCAUUGAAAUGAGCGGUAAUACGACCUGUAUCACAAAUCCAAAGGUGCCGCUGGGUACGAGUGAUUCGGUCAAGCGAUUCAAUUACGAUUACUCGUAUUGGUCUCAUGAUCCUAGGGAUGCGGAUUUUUCUACGCAGGAAAUGGUGUACUCAGAUAUUGGAGAAGAAAUGCUGCAACAUUCGUUUGAUGGAUACAAUGUGUGUAUAUUUGCAUACGGUCAGACUGGCGCUGGCAAGUCCUACACAAUGAUGGGCAAACAGGAAGAAAGUCAAGAGGGCGUAAUCCCAAUGAUUUGCAAAGAUCUUUUCCGCCGAAUACAAGAGACCGAAACGGUUGAUCUGAAGUACUCAGUCGAAGUGUCCUACAUGGAGAUCUACUGUGAACGGGUUAGGGAUUUGCUGAAUCCUAAGAACAAAGGAAAUCUCAAAGUGCGCGAACAUCCGCUGCUCGGACCGUAUGUUGAAGAUUUGUCGAAAUUAGCUGUGACAAAUUAUCAGGACAUACACGAUCUCAUCGACGAAGGAAACAAGGCAAGAACCGUUGCCGCUACAAACAUGAAUGAAACGAGCUCUCGUUCCCAUGCUGUGUUUACAAUAUUCUUUACGCAAAGACGUGUAGAUAAAAUGACCAGCCUGGAGACGGAGAAGGUUUCUAAAAUAAGCCUGGUCGAUUUAGCUGGCUCCGAACGAGCGGACUCAACCGGUGCCAAAGGCACGCGGCUGAAAGAAGGUGCCAACAUUAACAAGAGCUUGACCACCCUUGGCAAGGUUAUUUCCGCACUCGCUGAAAUGGCAUCUAAAAGCAAAAAAUCAAAAAAGGCCGACUUCAUACCGUACCGUGACUCCGUGUUGACAUGGUUGUUGCGCGAGAAUCUCGGUGGAAACUCGAAGACGGCCAUGAUUGCCGCGAUAUCGCCGGCCGAUAUCAACUACGACGAAACGUUGAGCACCCUAAGAUAUGCGGACCGCGCCAAACAGAUUGUUUGCAAAGCCGUCGUCAACGAGGAUGCCAACGCGAAACUCAUCCGCGAGCUCAAGGAGGAGAUUCAGAAAUUACGCGAACUGCUCAAAGCAGAGGGUAUCGAAGUGCAGGAAGGACCGGACGGUAAAGUGGUUUGUGAAAAGCGAGAUGCUAAUAAGGAUGAAUGCAUCAAAAUGGAAAAGGGUGAUGGAGGUGGCGGAGGCGGCGGUGGUGUUGACAGCGGAAACGCCGAUGGCGACAUCGGCGAAAUGGAGAAGAAAAUUUGCUCCCCCAACAGGCUGCGCAAACGUACCGGCUCCAGCACCGAGAUGGCAGUCGAUCAGCUGCAGGCCAGCGAGAAGCUGAUUGCCGAGCUGAAUGAAACGUGGGAGGAGAAAUUAAAGCGCACCGAACAGAUCCGCGUCCAACGGGAGGCCGUCUUUGCGGAAAUGGGUGUUGCCGUCAAGGAGGAUGGCAUCACAGUGGGCGUUUUUUCGCCGAAGAAGUCACCUCAUCUGGUGAAUUUGAACGAGGAUCCGACAUUGUCGGAAUGCUUACUGUACUAUAUUAAAGACGGUCUAACUCGUCUCGGUACAUCGGAGGCAAAUGUCCCCCAGGACAUACAGCUUUCGGGUUCACACAUAUUGAAAGAACAUUGCGUAUUUGAGAACAAGGAUGGCGUUGUCACAUUGGUUCCCCAUAAGGAUGCGUUGGUUUAUCUCAACGGUAGGAAGCUGGUAGAACCGGAGGUCCUUCAAACUGGAUCGCGCGUUAUACUUGGUCGGAAUCAUGUGUUCCGUUUCACUCAUCCGGAGCAAGCGCGAGAGAAACGCGAAAAAACUAAAGAUAAAGACGUUUGUGGCACACCGGGCACUAACGGGGAGGUGGCGGAUUGGAACUUUGCCCAGGGUGAAUUGCUGGAAAAGCAAGGUAUUGAUUUGAAAGCAGAAAUGGAGAAACGUCUAUGUGCGCUGGAGGAACAAUAUAAACGUGAAAAAAUUGCUGCAGAUCAAGAAUUUGAAGAGCAACGUAAGACAUAUGAAGCACGUAUUGAUGCUCUUCAGAAACAGGUUGAAGAGCAAUCGAUGACUAUGUCGAUGUACAGUAGCUAUAGCCCAGAGGAUUUUCAUCAAGAGGAAGACAUCUUUGUUAACCCUCUAUUCGAAUCCUGCUGGACAGCUCGCGAAGCCGGUCUGGCUGCUUGGGCUUUCCGAAAGUGGCGAUUCCACCAGUUUACUUCACUUCGAGACGAUUUAUGGGGUAAUGCAAUAUUCCUAAAGGAAGCCAAUGCUAUAUCUGUGGAACUAAAGAAAAAGGUUCAGUUCCAAUUCACUCUACUAACCGACACAUUGUACUCGCCGCUUCCUCCGGAACUUACAUCAUCCUCAUUGAUUGGGGGAGCUCUUACCAACGGUCAAGAAGACGAGUUUGAUCAGGUACCUAUUCCUCGUACAAUUGUUGCUGUUGAGGUAACCGAUACCAAAAACGGGGCUACACAUCACUGGAGUUUGGAUAAAUUACGCUAUCGUCUAGAGCUGAUGCGACAGAUUUAUAACUCUGCGGAAUCGUCGCCCGAGGUGAUGAGAUAUUUGGUCGAUCUACCGAAGACGGAUGUCGAACAGCAGUCCAGUAUUGGUUUCGUGCAAAAUUGUGACAUUAAAUCCCUAUUGGAACCCGGCGAUGGUGAAUGUACGGAAGAUUGCUUGACGUCACCGUCACUGCCAGCCGAUGCCAGGGCCAGUGCGGGGCGUAACUGCGGACGGCUAACACUGGCAAACUUAAUGCCCUCUAGACAACGUUUGGAGUUGAUGCGCGAAAUGUACCACAACGAGGCAGAACUCAGUCCUACUUCGCCUGAUUACAACGUGGAGAGUUUGACCGGAGGUGAUCCAUUCUAUGAUCGCUUCCCGUGGUUCCGCAUGGUUGGAAGAUCGUUUGUGUAUUUGAGUAACCUACUGUAUCCGGUACCGCUUGUGCACAAGGUGGCGAUCGUCAACGAACGUGGCGAUGUUCGCGGUUAUCUUCGUGUUGCUGUUCAACCAGUUAUGGAUGAGGAAAAUGCAGAUUUCAGCAACGGCGUCAAACAGUCCGCUCGCAUUCUGUUCGAUGAGGAGCAAAACGGUCAGCACAAGAUACCGAAGAUUCGCACGAUUCACGAUAAGGACGAAAAGUACAUGGAAGGUGCUAACGAUAUCAUGAAGCUGGAGGAAUUGGAGCAGGAGGAUGCUGACUCGGGUCGUGGCGAUUCGAGUGUCGCUUCCGAGUUGCACGACUCGAACGAACAUGAACCGGGCGAGCAUCUACAGCCGGGCAAGGAAUUCACAUUCCGUGUUACGGUUUUACAAGCGACUGGAAUUGCGGCCGAAUAUGCGGAUAUCUUCUGUCAGUUUAACUUUUUGCACCGCCAUGAAGAAGCUUUUUCGACGGAACCGGUCAAAAACUCUGGCUCUGGAGCUCCACUUGGAUUCUAUCACGUACAGAAUAUAACAGUACCGGUCACAAAAUCCUUCAUCGAAUACUUGAAAACACAGCCGAUAGUGUUCAAGGUUUUCGGCCACUAUCAACACCACCCGUUGCACAAGGACGCCAAACAGGAUUGUCAUAUUACACGGCCACCUCCGCGGCGUAUGCUACCGCCGAGUAUUCCGAUCAGUCAACCGGUUCGCAGUCCGAAGUUUGGACCGUUGCCGUGUCCCCCUUCGUCAACAGUAUUAGCCAAGCAUGACGUGUUGGUAUGGUUCGAGAUAUGCGAACUGGCUCCUAACGGCGAAUACGUUCCCGCCGUGGUCGAUCACAGCGAUGAUCUACCGUGUCGUGGCUUAUUCCUGCUUCACCAAGGUAUACAGCGCAGAAUUAGGAUAACGAUUGUUCACGAGCCAACCCCGGAGGUCAAGUGGAAAGACAUUCGCGAGCUAGUGGUAGGACGUAUCCGAAACCAACCGGAGCCAGCAGAUGAGCUGGAUGAUUCGGACUCGUGCGUUCUGUCGCUGGGCCUGUUCCCGGGCGAGGUAUUGGAGGUACCCGGUGACGAUCGGUCAUUCUUCCGUUUUGAAGCCGCCUGGGACUCUAGCUUACACAAUUCGGCGUUGCUCAACCGUGUCACACAAACUGGCGAACAGAUCUUCAUCACGCUUAGUGCAUAUCUAGAGCUCGAUAACUGUGCCCGUCCGGCCAUCAUAACGAAGGACCUGAGCAUGAUCAUCUAUGGACGGGACGCACGUACUGGACCUCGUUCGCUCAAACAUCUGUUCUCGGGCCAGUAUCGCAAUCCGGAAGCGAAUCGGUUGUCCGGCGUGUACGAGCUAUCGCUGAGGAGAGCUUCCGAAGCAGGUAGUCCAGGCGUGCAGAGACGUCAACGUCGCGUUCUGGACACUAGCUCGACGUACGUCCGCGGCGAAGAGAAUCUGCACGGUUGGCGUCCGCGUGGCGACUCGCUGAUCUUCGACCAUCAGUGGGAACUGGAGAAGCUAACCCGGCUCGAGGAAGUCGGCCGCGUUCGACACCUGCUGAUGUUGCGCGAACGUCUCGGUAUGGAUACCACACCGAACCCGACCACCAAAACCGAAAAGGAUGUGUGCAAUUUGGCCCAGCGAGCGAGCGCCUCGCCAGUGCACAUGGUCAUCCCACAUUCACCUCAGACACCGGUCAAGGAUCAGCAGACACCGACGAUGCCCGAUCGAGAAUUGACUCCACGUGAAACGGAGUUGGUGUGGAAGUGUGUCAAAUUGAUCCAGGGACGUAUCGGGAACAAGGUCGAUUCGAGCGAAACCAACAAUCAACUCGCGGUGGAUGCCUCACCUGGCGACGAAGGCUGUGCUGAUAUGAACGCCAGCUACAUAUCGGGUAAUUCCGUCGAGCUCUGCUCGCCGGAUCGAGUGGAAAUACCCAACGGUUGGGAAGCGCCGGCACCAGCUCCACAAACACAGGAAAUGCCACUGCGGUUGUACGUACCCGAGCUUGAAGAGAUUCGCGUGAGUCCUGUUGUAGCCAGGAAGGGAUAUCUGAACGUGCUAGAGCAUGGCGGUUCGGGUUGGAAAAAACGUUGGGUAACCGUGCGACGUCCGUACGUAUUUAUCUUCCGCUCCGAUAAGGAUCCGGUUGAGCGUGCGGUAUUGAACUUGGCUACCGCUCAAGUUGAAUGCAGCGAGGAUCAAGCGGCGAUGGUUAAGGUGCCCAACACCUUCAGUGUGGUAACCAAACAUCGAGGUUAUCUGUUGCAAACACUAGGUGAUAAAGAAGUGCACGAUUGGCUCUAUGCCAUUAAUCCACUUCUCGCUGGUCAAAUUAGAUCUCGUCUGGCGCGACGAAACGUGAAUGGCAGCAGUAGUGGGGGUGAUUCGUCCGCAUCCACUCUCAUGAUCUCGCAGGCACAGAACCAGAGCAACAGUGGUAGUUCGGCUAAAUGAGAUACGAUUACGAUGGAGUCCGUGUUGGUGUACUAAACGAAAGAUCUCAUUUCCAUCUUGAGAGUCUGCAUGUGCGACGACGAAGGCAGCGACAAACAGCGACGGUAAACAACGAUCGAAGUGAUGAUGAUAGAAACGUCCGCAUGGUAGAAGGAAGCAGCUUUAAGGUGCUUCUUUUCGAUUACGUUUACAGUCUCGUUUGGUUCUGUACCAGACACGAUCAGUUUCUGUUUCUAUUCAUUUUCCAAUUGCUAUACGAACGUUGAGGCUGCUUCAGAGAAGCAAGAAUCGUGAGUACCUAAUACUUUCCAACAUACGGAUCCAUCGGCGAAGAUUAGCUGAGGAAUGAAACAGUGACGGUCAGACUUUACCAUGUUACUAAGUAAAUUGUGAAGGCUUAAAGUUAUGUUUUUAAUGUUUUGCGAAGGCAAACAUUGACUGCAACACUAAUAUAUUUUCAACCUUAGGGAAAAUAUGUAUAUUUUUAUACACUUUUAUUUAAACCAGUUGUGUAGAUAAUUGUUGAUUUUAUUUCAUAACAAAAUGGGAACAGAUUGAUCCUUCAACAGACAGGUGAAAAGAUAUUCAGGGAAAAUGAAUUUCAACUGAAUAUUCCUUAGCUAGAAAUAAAACUGUCUUGGUUUCAAGAUUCCUAGCGCUUGCUACUAAAAAUGACAUUCUCAACGCGGGCACGCAGUCGACCACGUAAAAUUUCGAAACGGGUAAAACUCCUCAUGAAUUGCUUAUAACUACUAAUAGUUCCCAGGUGCUCAAAACCCCUCCGAAAGCAAGGGCAAACAGGAUAAAACGGAAAACGCAAUCAAAGAGUGACCACUUUAGUUGAUUCUAAGUUUGCUAAUUUUGCCUUGUUAUGAAACGUAUUAGUUCGAAUGAGAAAAGUAAAAAGGGAAAGAAAACAAUAAAAUUGAUAUUAAUAAUAGAAGUUUAAUAUCUAGAUCAAGGAACAAAUCAACAUGAACAAAAAAAAAAUAACUUUAAAUAGUCGUAUGUGUAUGUAUACCUUUUCUCUACAGUCAGAUCAAACAAACAAAAUGCUAAUUAUCAAUUUUAAGAACUACAAUACUCAACAACAACAGUGACAUAGUUGGAACACACAAAAACUCACUCAAAACUCAAAGCCACAAAACAACCUGCAAAAUUUCAGUAUUCAGCACACUCUCGCUACAGACACUUAUUGGAAUCAUGGAAGAGAACGUGUAGUUAGUGGUGCUGCAGAAUUAAGAAAUAGUGAGACAGAAAAUAGUGUGCAAUAUUCUAGUGGCACCUGGUUAACAGGAUGGUGUCUACGGUGUUAGAGAAGAAUUGUUUCCAUUAUCUAAUGCGUACACAAAGAUUCAUUCGCAUUUAGUUGUACUUUCAUCAGGCGUGCCAGUUAAGGUCAAGAGAUAAAGUCCAUGAAAACAUGGCACUAUGUAAAGGCUUCGAAAAGAUUCGAAUAAGAUUUUGUUUUUGAAAAUAUAUUUUAUUCAUUAAGGAACAUUUGCCACAGCGACAGAGGCAUAAAGUGUCGCAAGUGGCCCACCAAAAUGCUUAUCUGUUGGUCCGAUAGUACCGAUGUUGUAGAACUAUCUGCAAGCGGCUUAUCCCCCAGUUCAGAAGACUAUCAUAGCGAGGUAGUUAGUAGCUCACGCAGGCGUUCCACAUGCACCCGUACCAGAUUGCUUCUCAAUUUAAUGGUUAUUAGGAAGAAAUGCUAACAAACUGCUAGUGCGCUUAGGAUUUCUCCGGUUCUCGUUCGAAGCUGAAAGCUGGAAAGGAAUGCGGAAGAAUCUACACUGUAUAGAAUCUGUAAAUAUUAACGCUCAUAAUUUCCGGUUAGUAGUCAUUAAGUCCCAGUAGUUGCUUGAGUUCUGCCGUGUUCUGAGAGUAGACAUGUUAAAAGAUACAAUUGAUUUUGUUAUCCCGCCUUCCGCGUCAGUAGUAGUUGUAAAUAGGAGUACCGAGGCAAGUAUACGGAUCAUAUUUUUACUUCAACGGUUGGUAGAGAUGGUUGAGACUUCAAGAGUUUCUGGUAGAUGGUAGCUAGUGGGGGCCGUUUUUGAUCCAAUGAGUUGUUAUUGUGAUUGUGGACUAGAGUCAGAUAGAUUCACUAAUGGCAGGCGAAAUAAUUGUUUUAUGUCUGAUAAUUGUUCUUUUUUUAAAUAUAGAAAUUACUAUUGAAGGUUUUAUGCAAAUGCCACUUCUCGGAGUUCUUCCUUUUUUGCGGCAUUGCCAAAAAAGGUACUCAUAUACCACCUCUGACGGUUUCAACGCGAGGGCCGUUCAAAAAGUUCAAGUUAAGAAAAGUAAAAUAUUCUUGACUGCUUAUUGACGUUCAUCUUCUUAGAUGGACGUACGAUAAAGUUUAAAAUUAACGACCUCGAAUACUAAGAAGCACACUCUUUUAUUUGAGAAGCUAAUUUGUCUUAUCUCUGUUGGCAAUAAAUUUUUCGAAACAAAUCCAAUAUUACAAAUCUGAAGCAAGGCAUAGUAUAUGAAAGAAAUUAAUAUAGUAUCAUUAUGGCGAGCUGGCUAUUUUGUGUUGGAUAAUCAUUAAAUCAAAGAUGCUGUUUCAUAAAAUUUCGAAAAUUUUCGAUAUGCUAAUGUCUAGCUCUGAUUAAAAACCAUGAACCGAGCAAAUUCUAAUAUGGACAGCACAGAACAAUUUGCUAAUUUUGAAAUCUAUUAUUCCCUGGCAGAAACAGGCAAAUUAGCUCAUGAUAAUUCCAUUCACGCUGACCCACCCCUCGUAGCAGUCUAAACCUUACAAUAGUCGCACAUACGCGAGCACGCGAAUGUGCUCGGUCCCGCUGCAUUGCCUUUUGCCUUUUCGUCGUGUGUUUUUCGCAUAACAGUCCCUUUUCUUGGAGUAUUUUCGUGUAGCUGGGACUGUUAUGCGAACAACGAGUGAUACAAACCAAAUCACAAAUCUACUAUACCGACGGUUGAAGUAAAAAUACUCCGUAUAGGCAGAACCAUCUAUUUCAGUUCGCACAUAUUUUACGUUUGCUUUUCAAGGAUUAUAAUUUUCAAUUUUACUAAAGAAGAGGCAAACAUACCAAAGAUUAGUUAAAUGGCAAAAGAACAGGAAAACAACAGGCACCCGUUAGCGAUAAGAAGUAGGCAAUUAUAUCCUGAAAUGAGUCAUAUAAAUGUGAUUAUAACCGAAUUAUUUUCUAUAAUUAUUAAGUUUCGUUGGUAAGUUGCGCUGCUCCAAGGCGAGAAUCUUGCAUAAAGUGAUGCUUUAAAGUCACUUUUUUGAUGUUAAGAUUCGAGGAUAGUUCCCUUCCAUUGGUAGAACUGGAAAACCGGUCUCCUCUGUCGCGGUUGAACUGAAACCGACGAGAGUGAGGACCCAAUUUGCACCCUACCGGAAGCGUCUGAAAUUGGUGAUAAUCGGCUUAUGCCGAAAACGGAUAGUCACAUUCCAUUUUAAAUUGUUUUAAUUCCACUUCUCCAAAUACACAUAAUCUCAUCCUCUAUAUGUAUAGCAAUAGUGAAUGCUUCACACAAAUCUGCUAACCCAAUUGUUCCUUUGUUGCGAACGAUCGUUUCGCAGAAAAAUAAACACGUUGUGCUCUCUUGUUUUUUCAGUUGAUAUUUGACUUCAAACCAAACAGAAUCGCUAAGCAAAUAACUGUCACACAUCCCAACAAGGUGUAAAAGUAUUUAUAAAUGGACAAAUUGCAUAUUUAACUUUUCUCGAAAAAAGAAGAAAAAUACAUACUUAAAAGUAUUUAAAAAGGCAGAAAAACUGAACAAAUUCUAUAUUUGCAAAUAAUUGAAGCAUAUAAUCCUUACAAUUUUGAGCAAGCUGCUGAAAAACAUUUAGAAUGCGGAGCGGUUUUGACAAUUAAAAGGAAAUUGGCAAAUCGAAAUAACAGCAUUAUAUAUAAAGCAAACCAAAAAUAAAAAAGAAUUAUUAUACCAUUAUUUAUUGAACAUAAAACGGUACACUCUAAAAUUAAACCAAAAAAGGAUAGUAUAUAUACAAGAUGGAAACUGGAAACAAGCAAACCAUGCUAUUGAAACUAAACAUUCUAUUAAGAAAAAUGCUUUGGACAGAAGUAAAUAAAAGAUAAUGAAAAAAAAAA